GGACCCAGGUUUAUCGGUGAGGCGAGCCGCGAGUGGAACUGUGGAAGCGUUGAGCUUUUUUCUUCUUUGUCUUGCUGCGCAAGAAGAAGGGAAACGAGAGGCGGGCGGCGAUGGCGAAGAGGCUGCUCCCGUCGCUGAACCGGGUGCUGGUGGAGAAGCUGGUGCAGCCCAAGAAGACCGCCGGCGGCAUCCUCGUCCCGGAAACAUCCAAGCAGCUCCCACCUCCUGCAUUCGUGAAGAACGACUGAACCAGCCGCCACUCGCCCGUCCGACUCCGGCUCCGGCCAGCUGCCUCUGUCCCUCCGCCGAGCUGCCCGUCCGCCUUCGUCCCUCCGGCCCAGGCGAGCAGAACUCCGCCCCCACCCGCCCCGAGCCGAGCAGCAGCCAGCAGAGCCGCAUCGCCGCCGGGGAACGCUGAGUUGCCGGUCCGCCGCCCUGAGAAGAUUUCCGUCCCAGCAGCAUAGCCGCAGCGCCGCUGCCCGUCGCCUCAAGGCAAGUCCGAGCGCCCUGUCACAGGCCCCAGGUAGAGUUUCGUAUCCCCUGCAAAAUCCAAAUCUAAUCCGAUUUUGUUAAGAUUUAAUCUAAUCCAAUGUAUUUUCGAUGACCCUUAAAUAAGUUUUUUUUUUCAUAAUUACCGCUUAUUUUGUAGGUAUGAAUUGCUUUAGGCCCUGAUUGUUUACUCUCUAGAUUAUAUAAUCUAUCUCAAAUAAGUUAAGAGACAAACCAACAACACAGCUUAUUAGGUGGAUUAUAUUAUCUAGAUACCUAGAUUACGAUAAUCUUAUAAGCAGGUCAUUAGGUGCUUAUAUAAUCCAUAAGCUGGAUUAUAUAAUCCUGUAAGCAAACAAACAGGAUCCUAGACUGUACUGUAAAUUUUGUUUUAUUGUUGCAUUAGCAACACAUUGAUUUUGGCGAGUCGUCAGCCACUGCCCUCUGGCCAGGUCCCUCCGAUGGACACGGCAGACCAUGGCCUGCACGACUCACUUGAUGAAUCUCCCUGUCGCGAUGAUGGCAGCUGGCUAGUGGUGUCUUAGCAAUAGGAUUUUCUCAACACACAGAUGGCGGCUUGGUGAUGCGUUCCUAUGUCCUAUCUCGGCAAAUGAGGAUGGCUGCUGGGUGUGGUGGGAGAGGAGAGGCAGGUUUCCUGGUGUUGAGAUGAGAUGAAGGGAACUAGGACCACAAGUCGAUAAUGUAGCUGACACAGAACAAUUUCAGUAUGUAGAAUGCAAUAUCUGCUUUUUAAGCAGUUUGAAAAAAAAGAAGAAAUUUUGGGAUCAGACUGAAGCUGAACCCUCAAGUUUCAGGGUCCAUGUUGAUUGAUCCCUCACUGUAAAAUUAGAGAAACAAAAAAAAUCCUUAGGAGCCCAUGGGUAGUUUGAUUUGAAGCCAGUUAACACAGACGUUGUUCAAGACCAGAACUCCUAAGUUACAACUUUAUUGGCUCUAGUGGACUUCCCUAAGAAGUCUGAUCGCUGUGACUAAGAGUAAUCAAUUGUUCUAUAAUCAGCUUAUGCCCUUUUCAGGAUAGCUAAAUCAACAGCCAAAAUUCAGUUUAUUCAGUAGCUAUAUUAGGGACCUCCUCAUGUUUCUAAAGUAGAUAUACUGUUAUGUUGCACUAUGAAUGAUAAUCUGUCGUAUUCAUUUCUGCUUGUUCAUCAGAGUUUGGUAAUCUUCUUCUUCCGAGUUAUGCAGAUUAGGUUGAUGUCUUUCCUGAGACUGUUGCCUCAAAGGCUACCCCAACUUAUCAGGCAGGUGGAGCAAGAUGUUGAGACUGUAAUCCACGUUCUCCAGCCGGGUCCAAUAGGAAUUGUGGAGCACAAAUUCACAGACGCGGAGAUCUUAGAGGCCAGGGCUACAGUGAAAAGAGCAGUGGAUAAUUGGCGAAGAAAUUGGACCCUUGAGAGAAAUGUUAGCAGAUAAAUGGAAAAAAUAUACCCCUGGUGUCUUCUAUCAACAGUAAUUGAAAUAAAUAGGGUGCCAUGGCUGGAUGCAGUUGUUGCCAUUAGUUAGAUUUGAGCACGAUCUGCUUAUCGGGAGUUAUGUUAACUGUUCUAAAUGAUCAGUCUGUUUCUCUUUGUUUCAUGGUUUGAAACGUUCAUAUUUAGAGAAUGCAGUAAUUCGACUCCGAUUCAUUCCUUGUUUGGAAAUGAUCUUUUUUUCAUCAUACUACUAUAUGGGACAUUUUUUUUUUGUUCA